AUGCCCGUCGACCGCACCAAGAACCGCUCCCUGGCCAUGCUGGACAAGGCGUGGAAGGGCGGGUACGCGGUCCCGGCCAUGUGCUGCUACAACAUCGAGUCCAUCAUCGCGACCAAGCGCGCUGCCGAGGCGGCCAACUCGCCGGCCAUGAUCCUCCUCUUCCCCUGGGCCAUCGAGUACGCCGACUCGGCGCUGGUGCGGGCGGCGGCCGACGCGGUCCGCACGUCGACCGCGCCCUUGGCCCUGCACCUGGACCACUGCCAGACGCCCGAGAUGGUGCGGCGGGCGGCCGACUUUGAGCAAGGGUUCGACAGCAUCAUGUGCGACAUGAGCCACUACGAAAAGGACGAGAACCUGGCCCUGACCAGGGAGCUGUCCGAGUACUGCCACGCGAGAGGGAUCGCCACCGAGGCGGAGCCGGGCCGCAUCGAAGGAGGCGAGGACGGCGUCGCCGAGACGGCCGACCUCGAGGGCUUGCUGACGACGCCCGAGCAGGCCGAGGAGUUUGUGGCGACGGGAAUCGAGAUGCUGGCGCCGGCGUUCGGCAACGUGCACGGCGAGUACGGCCCGCGGGGGAUCCAGCUCGAGUACGAGCGGCUCGGGUCGGUGAACCAGGCGGUCGGGGACAGGGUGAGGCUGGUGCUGCACGGGGCGGAUCCCUUCACCGAGGAGAUUUUUCAAAAGUGCAUCAAGCUCGGCGUGAGCAAGAUCAACAUCAACAAGGGCAUGAACAAGCACUACGCACGCGUGCAGGAGGAGAUGCGCGGAAAGCCGCUGACGACCGUCAUCGAUGCCGGGACCAAGGCCAUGCAGGUCGCCAUCGAGGAGUACAUGAGGCAGUUGGGCAGUGCUGGCAAGGCAUAA